CCAGUGCAUCAUUGAAACAGUAUAGCAUCAAUGUUUGCAACAGCUGUGAUAGGCACCAUACUAGUACCAACUGCGCCUCUCACGUGGACUGUCCGACGUCACCACUUAAACACGUGUCGCGGCACGGGAUUGGGCAAACAGCUGACAUUGCGUCACCACGGAGCACUGACACGCUAAUUAAUAUUGAGAUAGUGGGGGGCCUGGCCACGCAAAUGAACAUCAUGGAUGCUCACAGUGCAUCAGUAUGAUGAUCAGGACCAAGACAAGACCAGGGAGGACAACAGCUUCACAUGUAGAUGAAUUUCUGUCGGGACAGGAGGUAUUGCCUCCCAGGUUGUGGAAAUGCUCUGUUCUUGUGCUGCUACAAGUGAGCUGUUUUGCUGUUUUCUCCUAAGGUGUGGAUAAAAUACCGACAGAAGUUUGUAAUGCCAAAGGAACAAGAGCAUUUUGGGGAGUGGCGCUGCACAUCAAAGACUGCCAAAGAUAAAAGUAACACUGCCACCCUGCGGGCGUCCCAUGGUGACACCCACAGUGAGCAGUCUGGAAUGGGGGACAUGAGCAACCGCAUGCUGCACUGUGACUCGGAUAAAGACUCUGAAAAAGACUCAGGGUACUCAGAGGCUGGCUCUGACUCUGUGCAUGCUGAUUUAGACGACCAGUGCAGCAGUGUGAGUGAAUCUCACAGGGAAAACAGAAAAAGCUUGAACAAGAAUGGGAAUGCUGCAGGUCACAAAAUGCCUUCUCAUGAGGGAAUCACCGACAUUUACGUCAUCAAAAACCUGGUGGUCAAGCCGUCUAGACCGGAGCAGCUUUUGCAUGGCCCCCUGGUGUGGGGUGGGGGUUGGCACAGCCUUACUGAUGCCAAAGCUUCCACCCAGCUCUUACUGAUCCAACAGCAGACAAUCUCUGCCCCCUGCUCCUCUACACUGACUCCUUCAUCCAGUCUAGCUGCACCACAAGGUCAAGUUAAGAGAGGAGGCAGUCGCUGCAAGCAGAACUACAACAGCAAGAACUCAUAUCUGCCAAUCCUGAAUUCGUACCCUCGCAUUGCUCCCCACCCCAGGAAGGACAGCCAUGACAGAGAAGAUACCACCUGGGUGGAGGGGGUUAAGGAGAGUGGCAGUGAAGGCCAGAGCCAGAGCAAAAGAGUGUGCAUUGAGGGAGAAAAAAGCAAGGUUGUAUCUACCACCAAACACCUCCUAGAGCCCCAGCAGCUGCAACAAAAAGAUGUGAAUGGCCAUUCCCAUUCACAGCCUAACAGCAGAGGAGGACACAGCUCCUUCCCCAUCUCAACUCAGUGCCUGCUUCCUAGGCACAACUCCUUUACCACCCAACGCAAGUCUUGCCACUGCCUAAAAAGCUCAGGCACUGACAGUGUGGGGUCACCCUCUGUCUCCAGUUCCCAAACACCCUCACUGCCCUCCUCCUCCGACUCCCCCUCAUCAUCUUCUCCUUCUUCAUCACCCUCUUCGUCUAUGGCUCACAGCCCGUAUGGUAUGGCUCUGAACAGCUCAUCCACACGCCAUAGCCGUUUCCUCAACACAGCAGAGAUCCUGAACCAGUCAGGGCUGCUGGCCAUAGCUUUACGCACCAAAGAGCUGCUGAAGCAGAAUGCCACCAUCGAGAGAGAAAUUUCUCAACUCCGUCAGCACACCCAUCUCCUGUGCCAGGUAGCCCAGGCCAGCCAGAAAAGAUGCAAUGAAGGCUCAUACAGCCUCAGUAAACUCCUCCAGACCAUGACUGAGUCAGGUUCUUACCCCAGGUUAGAAUUAAAUCAAGUGAGGGUGCUCAGCAGUGGCCACCAACAAAGCAAGACUAGAAGUGAGGAAGACAAAGAGAAAGAUAACAUAAGAACCACUGACACGCACAACAACCCCCCACAAGUGGUAUCUUUACACAGUAUAGAUAAUGGAACAUCACCACCCUCUCCACUCUUUGCUCCCUCACCAGACACGGAAGAAAGAGAGCCCAUGUCCCCCUCCCUCUCUGUUUCUUUUUUCAGAUCAGUCCCUGAACAGGGACACAGACAAGCAAUCAUGAACAAGAACUCAAGUGAUCUCAUGCACAAUAAUCACCUCAUCUAGUUUCCUGGAGAAGAAGAUUUGGAUCUUUAACGACUGACAGUGCAACAUGUGAACCUAGCAGCACAGGAGAGAAAGGGUUUUGUUUCAGUUGUGCAAAAUGUCUGUGUAAAACUGAACAUUUAUGAUUUAAAGUUGAAGACGACUGACGUAUUUUCCCUUUUUGGUCAGGAAUUUGCUCAUUUCAGGUGUCCACUUGUCAUCUGUAUUAUUGCCUUCUUUAGACAGACAUGUCAUUCAGAUGUUCACCUUCACAGUCAAUGAUGGGUGUCUAAUAUAUCCAGUAUCCAACAAGUCCACUAAGAAUCAUUUACACAAGUAAAACAUGUUACAAAGAAACAGAAAACAUGAGACAUGCUCUAUUGCCAUCACCACUCAGGUGUGGAGAUUACCAGCAUUUAUGAGCUAAUAGCAGCUUUUGCUUGCUGUGCUGCUUCGCUACACGGACGCUAACAAGGUUUCAGUGGUUAUCAUAGACAGUUGCUUUGGCACAAUUUUCACAAGAGUCUUAGUGUGUAAUACUGUUAAUUCAGUCACUCAAGAUGAUUUUCUAAAUCUGUCCCAACAUGAAAUGCUAUCCAUUCAUACCACUGAAAAACAACACAACACACAACUCAGCUGCUCAUGACUUCACUACCAUUGCCACAGUGGUUUAAAACAGAUAAGAGAAAUGUAAGUUUUCUCCUUCUGACUGCUGUCAAAAUGCUACAGUGAGUGUCUGUUACAAUGCUAUGAUAAUUGGUUUAAUGUAUUAAUGGUACCCAGCAUUGCUGUUUACUGUAUCUUAUUGUAUUUUAGAUGAAAGUCAUUACAGAUAUUGUAAAUAUCAAUGGUUUGAUAUAUACAAAAUAUAAAAAUAAUUUUGCAAGGAAUGCAAAACAGUAAUCUAAUGCAAUGGAAAUCUGAAUCUAUGUUUACUGUAAUACAGUUUAUUCAAACAGUACAUUCAUUCAUCACAUUCAAAGUCAUUCUUAGUCUGCAUCAUUCCAAAUACUGACUUAUACAUGUACUGCACAUUUUGUUUUUCAUUGCUAUUUGUACAUUCUUGAUGAAAUAACUACUUUUUGUCUUUUGACAACAAUUAUUACUCUUGUAACUCAUCUUAUAUUUAAAUCAACAGUGAUUCAAAUUCAGUCUGUGGCGUUUUUGUAAUUACGCUCAGAUAAACUCUCUUUGUAGGACUUAAUUUUGAUAGAUGUUUUAUCGGUAUCUUUUGUAUGGUAUGUGAGAUAUUAAGGACAUAUAAAGUUAAAGUUUUGCAAAUUGUUGUGAAAUUUCAGCCAAAGAAAUUGUAAGUUUAAGCAUAUAUAGCAGCUCAAAUUAGAAAGGGCAGUGACCAUUGUCAGUCUCAACGCGUAUACCCUAUAUGAGAACAGCUGAUCCCUGUCUAAAUUCACAAAUUUGCUGUCAUUGCAAAACUGAUAAUAUGUGAUUGUUUUAAUGCUGUUGUCUGGCAAUUCUUGGUUCUGCCACUAAGUUAUGAUAUAUGCAGAUCAGGUGUGUUGUGUGUGCUGUGUUACAUAUUGGUCACAUUGUGCACAUAGAGCUGUCCAUUGGACAACCAUAUGUGUCUGUUCUUGAUUUGGCUUUUGCCUUAGCUGCAAAGUACGUACCACCAUAGACUUGUUUUUUUUUGUUUUUGUUUGUUUUU